AUGAUGGUCUGGUUUCAGAACCGACGCGCCAAGUGGAAGAAGCGCAAGAAGACCACCAAUGUCUUUCGGGCUCCGGGGACUCUCCUGCCGACGCAUCACGGGCUGCCUCAGUUCCCGUCUGCCGCGGCAGCAGCAGCGGCCAUGGGCGACAGCCUCUGCUCCUUUCACGCCAACGACACCCGCUGGGCUACGGCAGGGAUGCCCGGCGUGUCUCAACUGCAGCUACCGCCGGCUCUCGGCCGCCAGCAGGCCAUGGCGCAGUCCCUGUCUCAGUGUAGUCUCGGCGCAGGGCCGCCGCCCAACUCCAUGGGUCUAGCCAACAUGUCGUCAAACGGCUCCGGGCUUCAGUCGCACCUCUACCAGCCCACUUUCCCCGGUAUGGUACCCGCGUCCCUGUCGGGCCCGACCAACGUGACCGGCUCGCCUCAGCUGUGUAGUUCCCCGGACAGUGACGUCUGGAGAGGGACAAGCAUCGCGUCGCUGCGCCGCAAAGCGCUGGAGCACACAGUAUCCAUGAGUUUCACCUAGUAAGGAGGGCCACCGCAAAGAGCUUUUCUUUCACUCACACAGAAUUCUUCUGCAUUUACUUCUUAUCCAUCCAAUCCAUCCAAACGGUGAA